AUGCCUGGACAUGCAACACAAAUGCCUGGAGAUCCUCAAGAAGUUAAGGCUACUCCAUUAAAUUCGACUUCAAUUCAUGUUACCUGGAAACCCCCGCUAGAGAAAGAUCGUAAUGGUAUCAUACGUGGAUAUCACAUACAUGUGCAGGAAGUUAGAGAUGAGGGUAAGGGUUUUUUAAAUGAACCUCUCAAAUACGAUGUAGUAGAUGCUCUCGAAUAUAACGUUUCCGGUCUACAACCCGACACAAAAUACUCCAUACAAGUUGCCGCUCUUACACGCAAAGGUGAUGGUGAUCGUAGUCCUGCUGUUAUAGUAAAAACUCCAGGAGGUGUACCCGUUAGACCGACAGUCAGUUUGAAAAUAAUGGAACGUGAUCCUACGGUAUCAAUUGAAUUAGAAUGGGAAAGACCGGCACAAACGUAUGGAGAACUAAGAGGUUAUCGCCUAAGAUGGGGUAUUAAAGAUCAGCCGCUUAAGGAAAUGUUAAUGGGUCCACACGAAACGAAAAAACCCUUUAAGGAUCUCGAACGUGGUGUGGAAUAUGAAUUCAGAGUUGCGGGUAGUAAUCACAUAGGUAUCGGUCAGGAAACAGUGAAAAAUUUCCAAACACCCGAAGGUGUACCCGGCGGACCACCAUCCAAUAUCACCGUACGCUUCCAGACACCCGAUGUAGUGUGUGUUACGUGGGAGCCACCGAUACGGGAACAUCGUAAUGGUAUUAUAACACGCUAUGAUGUACAAUUCCAUAAGAAAAUCGAUCAUGGUUUGGGUUCGGAACGCAAUAUGACAUUACGUAAGGCUGUGUUUACUAAUCUGGAAGAGAACACUGAAUACAUAUUCCGCGUACGUGCUUAUACUAAACAAGGAGCUGGACCUUUUAGUGAAAAGAUUUUGGUUGAAACCGAAAGAGAUAUGGGUCGCGCUCCUAUGUCAGUACAAGCCGUAGCUACAUCCGAGCAGACGGCGGAAAUUUGGUGGGAACCAGUGCCUUCAAGGGGUAAAUUAUUGGGUUAUAAGAUUUUCUAUACCAUGACCGCAGUAGAGGAUUUAGAUGAAUGGCAAACAAAGACUGUUGGCUUAACAGAGUCGGCCGAUUUGGUGAAUUUAGAAAAGUUUGCCCAAUAUGCCGUGGCUAUAGCAGCUAGAUUUAAAAACGGUUUGGGUCGCUUAAGUGAGAAAGUAACAGUGAAAAUCAAACCCGAAGAUGUUCCCUUAAAUCUAAGAGCCCACGAUGUUACAACACAUUCCAUGACUUUAUCCUGGUCUCCCCCCAUCAGAUUGAAUCCCAUUAACUAUAAAAUUUCCUACGAUGCCAUGAAGGUGUUUGUUGACUCUCAAGGUUUCUCACAAACACAAAUUGUACAAAGACGAGAAAUUAUUCUGAAGGCCUAUGUUAAGACACACACCAUCAAUGAAUUGAGUCCCUUUACCACCUACAAUGUCAAUGUAAGUGCUUUGCCGUCGGAUUAUUCCUAUAGACCACCCACUAAAAUAACAGUUACAACACAAAUGGCAGCUCCACAACCUAUGGUUAAGCCAGAUUUCUAUGGUGUUGUAAAUGGUGAAGAGAUUUUAGUUAUUUUACCACAAGCUUCGGAAGAAUAUGGUCCUAUAUCACAUUAUUACUUAGUGGUAGUACCAGAAGACAAAUCCAAUUUACACAAGAAUCCUGAUCAAUUCUUAACGGAGGAUCUUUUGCCAGGACGCAAUAAACCUGAACGACCUAAUGCUCCUUAUAUAGCCGCCAAAUUUCCUCAAAGAUCUAUACCUUUCACCUUCCAUUUGGGCUCUGGCGAUGAUUACCAUAAUUUCACCAAUCGCAAAUUGGAACGUGACAAGCGUUAUCGUAUUUUUGUUAGAGCUGUUGUCGAUACUCCUCAGAAGCAUUUGUAUACGUCAUCUCCCUUCUCGGAAUUUUUAUCAUUGGACAUGCGUGAAGCUCCACCCGGCGAACGACCUCACAGACCCGAUCCUAACUGGCCUUCAGAACCUGAAGUUUCGGUUAACCGCAAUAAAGAUGAACCCGGCAUGUUAUGGGUGGUCUUACCGGCUUUGGCAGCUUUAAUACUUGUUACCACUUUUAUUAUCAUCUACAUAAUCAAGCGUAAGAGACAACCUUGCAAGACCCCAGAUCAGGCGGCUGUUACUCGACCUUUAAUGGCGGCCGAUUUGGGUGCUGGACCCACACCUAGCGAUCCGGUAGAUAUGAGACGUUUGAACUUCCAAACCCCCGGCAUGAUUUCCCACCCACCUAUACCCAUCUCGGAGUUUUCAAAUCAUGUAGAACGCCUCAAAGCGAAUGACAAUCAGAAAUUCUCUCAGGAAUACGAAAGCAUUGAACCCGGACAACAAUUCACCUGGGAUAAUUCCAAUUAUGAAUAUAACAAACCCAAGAAUCGUUAUGCCAAUGUAACUGCCUAUGAUCAUUCACGUGUUAUACUGCCGCUCAUGGAUGGGGUAGUGGGUUCGGAUUAUAUUAAUGCCAAUUACUGUGAUGGCUAUCGUAAGCAUAAUGCUUAUGUAGCUACUCAGGGACCCUUACAGGAAACUAUAGCCGAUUUCUGGAGAAUGUGCUGGGAACUGAAGACUACUACUAUUGUAAUGAUGACACGCUUAGAGGAGAGAACACGCAUUAAAUGCGAUCAAUAUUGGCCUACUCGUGGCACCGAAACUUAUGGACAAAUGUUUGUGACCAUUACGGAAACCCAGGAACUGUCUACAUAUAGUAUACGAACCUUCCAAGUCGUUAGACAAGGCUUUAAUGAACGACGUGAAAUUAAACAAUUGCAAUUUACUGCCUGGCCCGAUCAUGGUGUACCCGAUCAUCCAGCUCCUUUCUUACAGUUCUUGCGCAGAUGUAGAGCUCUUACUCCACCCGAUUCUGGUCCCGUAGUGGUACACUGCUCGGCUGGUGUGGGACGUACCGGUUGUUAUAUUGUUAUUGAUUCGAUGCUGGAACGAAUGAAACAUGAAAAGAUUGUUGACAUUUAUGGUCAUGUCACUUGUCUACGUGCUCAACGCAACUAUAUGGUCCAGACCGAAGAUCAAUAUAUCUUCAUACACGAUGCUAUAUUGGAAGCUAUUAUCUGCGGUCAUACUGAGGUACCAGCACGCAAUCUUCAUACCCAUUUGCAGAAGCUAUUGACCACUGAACCCGGAGAAAAUAUCACCGGCAUGGAGAUAGAAUUUAAGAAAUUAUCCAAUGUUAAGGUUGACUCUUCCAAAUUCGUAACGGCUAAUUUACCCUGCAACAAGCAUAAAAAUCGUUUGGUCCAUAUUUUACCUUAUGAAUCGACUCGUGUCUAUUUGACUCCCAUACACGGCAUCGAAGGCAGUGAUUAUAUUAAUGCCAGUUUUAUUGAGGGUUAUCGUUAUCGUUCGGCCUAUAUAGCAGCUCAAGGUCCUUUGCAAGAUACCGCUGAAGAUUUCUGGCGCAUGUUAUGGGAACACAACUCAACGAUUGUGGUGAUGUUGACAAAGCUCAAGGAAAUGGGCAGGGAAAAAUGCUAUCAAUAUUGGCCCCAUGAACGUUCUGUACGUUAUCAAUAUUAUGUUGUUGAUCCAAUUGCUGAAUACAAUAUGCCACAAUAUAAAUUACGUGAAUUUAAGGUAACCGAUGCACGUGAUGGCUCUUCACGUACUGUACGACAAUUUCAAUUUAUCGAUUGGCCCGAACAGGGUGUACCCAAAUCGGGUGAAGGCUUCAUUGAUUUCAUUGGUCAAGUGCAUAAAACAAAAGAACAAUUUGGUCAAGAUGGUCCCAUUACGGUGCACUGUAGUGCUGGUGUAGGUCGUACGGGUGUAUUCAUAACACUGAGUAUUGUUUUGGAACGCAUGCAAUAUGAGGGUGUUUUGGAUGUAUUCCAAACAGUAAGAAUUUUACGUGCUCAACGGCCAGCUAUGGUGCAAACAGAGGAUCAAUAUCAUUUUUGUUAUCGUGCUGCUUUGGAAUAUUUGGGUUCAUUUGAUAAUUAUACCAAUUAGUUUAAUUUUAUAACAACUGUAUAACAGUUUGUUCAUUAAAUGAUACAUGAUUUAUAAUAAAAAAAGGAAGGAAAGGCAGUAAUAUAUUAAUUAUAGUUUAACAAAGUUGUUUAAAAAAAAGAGAAAACGCAUAAAAAUUUGCAUAUUUUCAUAUUAACAAAGAAUAUAACAGUUAUUUAGAGAGUAGUAUAACAGUUAUAAAGGUGUUAUAAAUAAAUAAGAGAUGUUUAAGUUACAAAAUGUAAAGCAGUUAAAAAAGCUGUUCAAAUAAAAUAUAUUUAUUUGUAAUAUUGUUUGUAUAACAGUUAUGAAAUUAUGUUAUAUUGUAAAAGACGUUUUCAGUAAUAUAUAACAGUUAGAAAAACUUUAUAUAAUAGCGAAUCUUCUUCUAUAUUUGAUUUAAAAUUUUUAAAUAUUUUUUUUUCAUAGAAAAGCUAUUCUUCGCUGUUAUAACAGUUUUGUUAACUGUUAUAAUUAGUUAAAAAUCUUUCUAGAUUUGCAUGUUUGUACAGUUUUUAAGAAAGUUUUAAAAAAAUUGUAAUAUUAAACGAUUUUAAAUAAUAUUAAAGUUGUAUAACAGUUAGGAAAUUAACAAAUACCAAAUCUUUAUAAUUUAAGACUUUUAUAAAGAAAAAUUCUUAAUUAAACAAAAAAUUAUGAAUUGAAAGUGUUCGUUAUGUUUGACUCAGGUGUAUAACAGUUAAGUAAACUGUUAUAAUUUUUCAAAAAUUUCCUUUAAAUACUUUCUAAAACUAAGAAAUUGAAAAGUUACACUUUCAAUAUAUGUUUUACUUGUAUAACAGUUUUUUAAACUGUUAUAAUUAACGGAAAUGAUCAGUGGAGCUUAAUGCUUUUAAAAAUCUAGAUUGUGUUUCUAAAUUCGAACGAUUUUAAGCAAUAAUUAAGAAGUAUAACAGUUAAAAAGUAAUAUAUAAAUACAAUAUCAAAACUUUGACAUACAAAGAUGUUAUAAAUAUUGAAUAUUAAUC